AUGCCUGAGCCGUCCAAACCUGCACCGAAGAAGGGAUCCAAGAAAGCUGUCGCCAAGAGCGUCAGCAAGUCUGGAAAGAAAAAGAGGAGGACCAGGAAAGAGAGUUACGCCAUCUACGUGUACAAAGUCUUGAAACAGGUCCAUCCCGACACCGGUAUCUCUUCCAAGGCGAUGAGCAUCAUGAAUUCAUUCGUGAACGACAUCUUCGAGCGAAUCGCUUCCGAAGCUUCGCGCCUGGCUCACUACAACAAGAGAUCCACCAUCACCUCCAGGGAGAUUCAAACCGCCGUGCGUCUCCUGCUGCCAGGCGAGCUGGCUAAGCACGCAGUGUCUGAGGGCACCAAGGCCGUCACCAAGUAUACUAGCUCUAAGUAG